GGACCCGACGUCGGGCCUGAUAGCGAGUGUGGAUGUAAUUGGCCCUAUGCCAACUUGCUCCUUCUGAAAAUGUCAAAACAAAAUAUUAGAGGUUAUAUUUUCUGUUCUAGCUAUAUUUUUGCGUUAUUUCGCAUUUUAAUCAAGGGAAUCAAUUGUCAUAUCCCUGAUACAUCUGUUGAGAGCCCGCCCAAGUUGUUCUCGAGUCGUGUUGGUGGUGUGUUCAAAGACAAGGCAGACAUAGAUAGGUGUUACCAGUACCCGUUACUACAACUACAGCACACAACAUGCCCCUAGAGACAGCAUGUGUUGAGGAGGUAGAGGCAGUGUGUGUAAAGACUGAGCCUUCAGAGGUGUGUGUAAAGUCGGAGCCCACAGAGGUGUGUAUUAAGACGGAUCCCGAAGAGGUGUGUGUUAAGACGAACCCUGGAGAGGUUUGUGUUAAGACUGAGCCUGGAGAGGUAUAUGUUAAGACAGAUCCCGAAGAGGUGUGUGUUAAGAAGGAGCCUGGAGAGGUGUGUGUUAAUACUGAGCCCAGAGAGGUGUCUGCUAAAUCUGAGUACAGAGAGGUGUGUGUUAAGACUGAGCCCGGAGAGGUGUGUGUUAAGUCUGAGCCCGGAGAGGUGUGUGUUAAGACUGAGCCUGGAGAGGUGUGUGCUAAGUCUGAGUACAAAGAGGUGUGUGAUAAGACUGAGCCCGGAGAGGUGUGUGUCAAGAAGAAGCAGGAAUGCGGGGACAGCGCGCUGCGCGGAGCGAGCGCGGCGGUCACACAGGCUGAACUGUACACCGACCAUGAGGUCAAGGACGAGCUUGUGCUGGGCCCGGAGGAGUGGCAUCGCCCUAAAGGGCUUCAAGUGUAUUCGGACGGCAGCGCCAGGAAACAGCUUCCGAUAGCCGAGAGCCUUCGCAGCGACGCGCAUGUUCACAGUGGAGACAAACCAUACGGCUGUGAACACUGUGGGAGACAUUUCAAAUACAAAUGUAUCUUAAGAAAACACAUUCAACGCACGCACUUGUCUACCGGGCCAAAACAAUAUACUUGUGAUUUUUGUAGUUCAACAUUCCAAACUGAAUCGCUUGUAUUAGAGCACGAGAAAAUCGAACACGGUGUUACAAAUUUCAUGUGUGCUGAAUGUGAGUAUACAACGACUUACAAGAGAAGUUUGGAAGCUCAUUUAAAAACUCAUUCUGUAGACAACCUUAUCAUUUGUAAUUACUACAGUUACAAAGGUCAGAUUAAAAGUGAUUCACACAAACACCAAGCGAUACACACUGGUGAACAGGAGACACACAAACAGACACUCCUAAGAAUACACAGUGGGAAAAACCAUUUCAAAUGUAAUCAUUGUGACUUCAUGUGCAGAGAUAAGUCAGCCUUACGAAGACACGAAAGAAGACAUACUGGCGAGAAGCCUUUUUCAUGUAAUUACUGUGAUUACAAAUGCUGUCAGCCAUCAAUCUUACAAAGACACUGCAUGAUACAUAUUGAAGCGAAGCCAUAUAAGUGUAGCGAGUGUGACUACAGCUGCAGACAGAAAGCAACCUUGAUAGCACACCAGAGGAUACACACCGGAGAGAAGCCGUAUGCAUGUAGUCAUUGCGACUACAAGUGCAGUCUAAGCUCAAGUUUACGAAAACAUGAAGUAAAGCAUACUGGCAAGAAGCCUUUUAUGUGUAGCUACUGUGAUUACAAAUGCAGUCAGCCAUCAACCUUACAAAGACACCUAAUGAUUCAUACUGGGUCCAAGCCAUUUAAAUGUAGCAACUGCGACUUCAAGAGCAAUCGGAAUGGAGACUUACGAGUUCAUCAAAGAAUACACACCGGAGAGAAACCAUACACAUGUAAUCAUUGUGACUACAGGUGCAAGAGUAUGGCGGGCUUACGGCAACAUGAAAAGACACAUAUUGGCGAGAAGCCUUAUCAGUGUAGUCACUGUGAUUACAGAUUCACUCAAAAAGGAAACUUACGAAGACACCAGAGGACACACACUGGAGAAAAACCUUUCAAAUGUAACAGUUGUGAUUACAGAGGUCGUGAUAAAUCAACCCUACGAAAACACCAGAAAACGCAUACUGGGACGAAGGCUAUAAACGUAGCGACAGCAAGUACAAGCUGAAACAGCUCCUGCGGAAACACCAGACGAUACACACUGAAGAGAAGCGUUAUAGGGAAUGUUCGCAUUGCAGUGCAUACAGCCUUUUGAUCAAAUUCGGAAACUUAAACCUGACAUUGGCAUUUCACGCCAAUAAGCAGAGUGCUCCUGUGCUGUCCCCAGUUCACACAUGCUCCCUUGUGAAAACUGUACAAGAUAAAAUGUAUUAUUAUUAUUUAUUAAUCCGGCAGGCAGUUGAAACAACUGAUAGUUGCCUGUAUCCAAGUGAUCUGCACUUAAAAUGUAUUAUUUACGCUAGUUAAGUAUUUGUCUAGUCUGUUCUUAAACUGAUUGACAUUCAGUGCUGAGACCACGUCUUCUGGCAGUUUGUUCCCCGAUUUGACUAGUCUAUUGCUGAGAAAAUGUCUGCGGGGGUUGUUUUUAGACAGUUCAGAUAUAAACUUAUAUUGAUGGCCUCGCAGACGGGUGUUACUAUUGCACUUGUACAGGUUUUGAAACUGGUCUAUAUUGUAGUGUUCCGUCAGAAUCUUAAACGUUUCGAUCAGGUCUCGGCGCACUAGACGAUCUUUUAAUGUUGUGAGUACAUUUGGAUAUAUGGUCAAUCUUUGAAAUGAAUAUGAAUUUUUAAGCAGUAAUUUUCUUAAAUAAUUUGUUGAUAUCAAACUACAUAAUAUUGAUGACUGAUCUGGCCUAGUUGGUAAUGACCCUGCCUAUGAAGCUGGUGGUCCUGAGUUCGAAUCCCGGUAAGGGUAUUUAUUUGUGUGAUAAGCACAGAUAUUUGUUCCUGAAUCGUGGAUGUUUUCUAUGUAUUUAAGUACUUGUACAUUAUAUAUCGUCUUCUGAGACAACACAAGCCUUCUUGGCUUACUAUGGGACUUAGUCAAGUUAUGUAAGAAUGUCCCUAUAAUCUUUAUACUCAUUUUUUUUUUUUUUACAUUUAUGGCCUGGAUACCUUUAUACUCAUAUUAUUUAUAAUAAACAUACAACCAUAUUAAAAUGUUA